AUCGCGCACGAGUCGUAGGAAGAGAGAGAGGGAGAGGAGCGCGUGCACGGGACACGUUUAUCGCUCAGAUAACGCGUGAGCUGGAGGGCGGACGAACAGCCCGUUUGCGCCGACUGUGUCCGCGCGCUCGUUACCAUCUACGCAGCCGUAUACGCACCGUGUAUACGUGUUGAAUGCGCGUAUGUGGACGGCAAGGAUAAAACGAUGAUAGCGUAGCGGGCGUCCCCGAACAUCGCGGCCCUUUCGCGGCCGACGCAUCAUGUCACAGUUCUCCUUCAGACGAUCGCCAAAUUUACAGUGCCCUGUGACUGUGAGCUCGUCGUUGGCGUCAUCCUCGGUCUCUCCGGCUUCCAUAAUCGGUUCGUCCCUUCUGAGUAGUUCAGGAAAUAACGCGACUUCUUCGUCAGGUGGAACGACAGCGCUUCAUCAGCCCCAUCACCCUUUAGGCGUGAGAAUGGCGGUAACGAGUGCGGUGGUAAGGCCACCGGGAGGCAGUCCGACGGCCGUCGCCUCCGUAAGUCCGGCUUCGCAAAGUGGCGGACCUCAAACGGCGACUCAGGCUGCGAGCUCGGGACCUGGGCCUGGCAGAUGCUGUGACACUGGGAGGCCCAUUUUCACGGAUCCCCUCACCGGUCAAACCGUCUGCUCGUGCCAAUAUGAGUUGCUCGGUGGCUAUCAAAGGUUGGGCGCUUUACCGACUGCAGCCCUUUCUAUGUACAGCGCCCCCUACGCUGCGGCUGCGGCUGCCGCUGCUAGUGAGGGCAUGGCGGCUUAUUUCCCCGGCUUAGGGGCUGAACAGGCGCCCUUCUAUACUCCGACGGCAGCUGGUUUGGAUCUUAAGGAGAAUCUUGGCGCUGGAGCGGCCGCGGCCUGGCCUUAUCCAUCUGUUUAUCACCCGUACGACGCAGCGUUUGCAAGUUAUCCAUUCAAUGGUUAUGGUAUGGAUUUGAAUGGAGCAAGGCGAAAAAAUGCUACACGUGAAACAACAAGUACAUUAAAGGCUUGGUUGAAUGAACAUAAGAAGAAUCCUUAUCCGACCAAAGGUGAAAAAAUUAUGUUGGCUAUUAUAACGAAAAUGACGUUAACUCAGGUAUCUACGUGGUUCGCGAAUGCUCGUAGGCGUCUGAAAAAAGAAAAUAAAAUGACGUGGGAGCCAAGAAACAGGGUAGAAGAUGAAGAUAAUAAUAACGAGGACGAUGAUAGCGGGCGUAAAAGCGUUGACGACAAAGACCGUCUGGACUCAAAAGAUUCGGGAACGGGUUCGAGUGAGGAUGGUGAACGAGGGGGCUCUGCUAAUCAUCGCCUUGAUCUGUUGCACGGUAGUGGAGUUGGUGGGCCUGCUGGUGGUUUAGGAUCUGGACGGGCUGAAAGCGAAUGGAGUGAAUCUCGAGCAGACAGUGGACCAGAUAGUCCAGAGUGUUUAUAUGAUCAACGAGAACCACCUAGACAUCCAUUACAACUUCAUCAACAUCAUCCGGCUUUUCUCAGUUCAUCGCCUCAUGGAAGGUUAAUACGUCAUCUGUCUCCAGAAACUACGUCACCCGGUGCUCAUCAUCAUCAUCACGCGAUACCACCCAGUACCAGUACCUCUACAACAUCAGGUGGUGUAACGACCAAACCAAGAAUAUGGUCACUUGCAGAUAUGGCUAGUAAAGACGGUGACCAGCCUAAUCCCAAUACUGGAAAUAUCUUAGGUUCCCCUUAUAAUAUGAAUAAUGGUGGAAAUACAGGUGGUAAAAUUGUAAGUCCUUUGGCAAGUCGAUUAACUCCUCAUCACCCAUUACACCCAGCUAUGCAUCACGGCACUCAGUUCGUAAGGCCUCAUCCAGACUUUUAUAGAAACUUUUAUAGUAGCUCACAUUUAGGCUCAGGGGAUAUAUCUUUAUUAGAGACAUAUCAGAGAACUUUGGGAGGACUUGGUGGAGUAAUUCCACCUACAAGUGCACCGGGAAUACUUAAUUCCUCAUCGGCCUCAUCGACGUCGACUAAUCUUAAAUCUCCAUUUUCCAUUAAUGGAUCUGGUACUACUGGUGGUUCGUCAUCCGUGCUUUUAACAACUGCAUCAUCAGGUGUGUCACCAUCAUCAUCCUCAACAGCAUCAUCAAAUGGUUCAGACCAGUCGCCGAAUCCAGGGGGUACUUUGACAUCUACAGAAUUGAAAUCACCUGGACGCGUUUGAUCGUGAUAAUUAAUAUUAUGAGGAUUUAAUCUAAAAAUAAAUGAUGGUAAAGCAUAUCUCUGACAGCGUUUAUUUGUUGAAUGCAGUGAGUGUGGAGAGCGGCGCGUGGCUGACAAUAAAAUAAUUAAAAAUAAAAACUUGUAAUUAGUGUACAAAAUAACAUACGUGACCAUUAAAGAUAUUUGUGCCGAUCGAGCGAUUUAUCGUCUCUCUCAUAAUGCAUUCUUUGUGAACUUUUAUUUUAUUUCUUCAUUUCAUAUCAAUAUCUCUCUGUAAGAGAGAUUCUAACAAAUCAUGCAAACAAAUUGAGUCGAUCCA